UGCGCGCCCUCUCCGGACAGCCGCACGAUGGCCCCCGCUCGCCUGCUCGCGCUGCUGCUGCUCCUCGUGGGCGCCCCCGCCGCCGCGGCGGAGUCGAUCCGAGAAACCGAAGUCAUUGAUCCUCAAGACCUCCUAGAAGGCCGAUACUUUUCCGGAGACCUACCAGACGAUGAGGAUGUGGGAGGCCCUGGGCAGGACCUCGAUGACUUUGAGCUGUCUGGCUCUGGAGAUCUGGAUGACUCAGAGAACAUCAAGAUCACCCCCGAUGUGACCCACCCCUUGGUGCCUCUCGAUAACCACAUCCCUGAGAAGACCGGGCCUGGGAACCGGGUCCCCACCGAACCUGAGGAACUGGGGGAGAAUGAGGUCAUUCCUAAGAGGAUGUCACCCUUUGAUGGGGAUGAGGAUGUGUCCAACAAGGUGUCCAUGUCCAGCACAGCCCAGGGCAGCAAUAUCUUUGAGAGGACAGAGGUUCUGGCAGCUCUGAUUGUGGGCGGCGUCGUGGGCAUCCUCUUUGCCAUAUUCCUGGUCCUGCUGCUGGUGUACCGCAUGAAGAAGAAGGACGAGGGCAGCUACGACCUGGGCAAGAAACCCAUCUACAAAAAAGCCCCCACCAACGAGUUCUACGCCUGAAGCUUCCUCAGGAGCGCCUGCUUGGACUUUGAGGGGGAGGAACACUGAAGGAUUUUGAAGCGUGGACAUUAAGGGAGGGGGUGGGCAACCCAAUACUGACCUAUCGGCCUCUCCAGCUCAGAUCUGGUCUCAGUGUCAGAAGAGACAUCAUCUUCUACUUUUCCUGCCUGCCUCUUGAUAGUCUCUGGGCCUCCAUUGUCCCAGCAGAAAAAUGGGGUUAAACUUGGCCUUUCUGAAGGCAAGUCUGGGAUUGGAUUGUUUCUUCAUCUUCCAGUUUAGAAUCAAGGUCCAGCUUAGAGUCUAUACUGAACAGGCAGGCCUCACCCAGAGCCUUUCUAAGCUAUUGUAUGAAUCCUGCUGGAGGCUGGGCUCCAGAGGACCCUCCCUCCCUUCUUCCCUCCCUCCCCUCUACAGCCUGCCUCUCUGCCAGGAGCUGGGAAAAGGAACCAGAACUAUCUAUCUGCACCUUGAGAUGUGUCCGUCACAGGGCACCUGCAACCACACUGUGGGAGUCUCUUGUACACCCUUGGGCCAUUCUAGGCUCUUCCAAGUGACUUAUGGAAAUCAGCCUUUUUUAUUCGGGGAGGUGGGGAGAAGAGCUGAAAGUUCAUCGUGAAAGAGAUUUGUAGAAUAUUCAUAAGUCUAUUUUUAGUAGGGUAUUUUUUUUUAAGGGUUCAUUCCUUUGUACAGAGCCUCUCUACCUGGGCAAGGGUGCACAGAUACCAAGGCGUUCUCUGUUCUCUUGCACAUUUCCACAGUAACCUGCUAGGUUUGUAUUUAAUGGGUUUUUUGUUUGUUUGUUUUGUUACUCGAAAAUGAGAGAAGAGUUGGAGAUACAAUUUUUAUUAAUUUUUUUUUUUUUUUUUUUUUUUUUACUAUUUAUAGCUUCAGACAGGGCCUCUCCUUCCUUCUUGCCUCUUUUUCUUUAAAUCCUCUCCCCAUUUUGGGGGGUUCCUUUUUAUUCUUCCUACUCCCGUGCUCAUGACCUUGGCCCUUUCUGAAGCUGCUUCCUCUAAGAAGCUUUUGCUGAAACAUAGUUUUCUAGCAGAUCCCAAAAUAUAAGUUAGGGGAUGGUGGGAUAUUUGUGUCUCUUUUCAUGUAAUAUAUUAUUAUUCUUCCUUGGUUCUAGAAAAAUAGAUAAAUAUAUUUUUUCAGGAAAUAGUGUGAUAUGAUAUUCCCGUUUGAAGUCAAGCUGGAUGGUUGAGUGAGUGGAUUUUCGUGUGACUGAGUGGAUCUUUACCUCUUUCUCAUGUCCUAUUCCUGGUGCCUUCUUCUGAUUGGGCCGGAAACCUUUCUAGCUUUUGCUUUGAGCUCAGCUGGGGUUCCUUCAUUUGCUGUCUCCAAAUUGAAGAGAAAAUUGGAGAGCUGUGCUCUCCAAUACAGUGACCCCUAGCCAUGUGGGGCUAUUGAAAUCAAUUAAAAUUACACAAAUUGAACCGAUCAUUCCUCAGUUAUGCUAACUACAUUUCAACUGCUCGGCGGCCACGUGUAGCUGGUGGCUGCUGUACCAAACAUGCAGGUGGAGCCCACUGGCCUCUGUUGGACAGCAUAGCCAGAAAACUAAACUGGUUUAACAAGUCACAGCCCCAGCUUUGCUGGGACAACCUUUGUCUCCUUGGACAAAGGGGGAUGGGGGAGGGCUGAUCAGGCCCUGGCUCUGAAGCCUCUUAUCUGCGACCCUUCCUCUCCAGAGAGGAGAGGCCUAGGGGCUUAGCCUGGGCAGGCCACGUCUCUUCCUGAUCCCAUUCGUUGGGGUGGGGGUUGGGGGAACCUACCCUUGCUUCCUUCACCUUUUACUACCGCAACCCAGGGUCCCAGCUGGCUGGGUCCUCCUCCUCCCCCAGUGUCCUGUUCCUCUGGCCAUGUUGGGAGCGAGCACCUCACACUGUUGUCUGUUACUGAUUUUUUGAUAAAAGCAAUAAAAUCUGGUACUUUCUA